UGGACUCGCAAGGCUUGCAUCAAACUCCCGGAUGCAGAAUGACGGCACAGUGGCAGACGGUAUCCAAACCUAAAGGAAAACAUGGAGCCGACAAGAAGACGAAAAAGAAGAUGGCAGAAACGGCUGCCAACAUGCCCGUCGCAGAGAUUCCAAAUCCGUUGGCUCCGAGCGAGACAACGUUUGGUGCGUUUGAUGAACUUCAGGAUAGAAAACGGCAGCGGCAGCUGCUUGAGGAGGACGGUGCUCACGCACACUCACACUCACACCGGAAACCGGCGGGGAGGAGACGACAGGAGAAGGAGGGUAGGAAGGAGAUGACGGUGGAGGAGGCUUUGAGACAGGUGUCAGUUGAUGAAGUUUAUGCUCAACUAGAUGAUUUGAGAGAUCGCUUUAAAUCAUAUCCUAUAAUAUGGUUAAAAGAUGUCACUCAUCAUCUACAUGAACAAUUUUCUACAGUCAAGCCAGAAGUUGAUCCUCUCUUAAUGGAUCAAACAAAUGAUUACCCUUUCUGUGAGGUGGGAGAUGGUCUACGUAUUCUACUCAGCGGAAUGUACGACGAGUUGCCAAUAGAGACAUUGGUAUCAUUUCAUGUCUACUUACUUGAGCAGCUGGCAGAACAUAGUCAACAAGGUCAGCAGACGUAUGCAACUAGAAUCAUGCUACAAGCACUUCUUCACAAACGACCAGAUGUGGUCAACCAUGAACUGCAAGCGAAGGUAUCAGAGAUAUUGAGAAAACACGCUGUCAAUGUGAAAUGCUCGCUUGUAUUGCUGUGGGCACUUGGCCAGAUAUUGAAUGAUAAUUGGUUACCACCACUUAAAAUGUUUGUCCACUGUGUUCUCCCACUAUUGUUUGCGGAAUGCAACAAGUCAUUACCUUCUCGCAUUCAACAACACAUUGUUAGCCGUUUUAGAGUCAUUAUCAGCGUGGUCGAACGCAAGUUUGAGGACAACAAUGUUGCUGUUGCAAAGUCAGCAGCUUCAGUUAUUGAUGCAGAGCAGCUCGUUUCACUUCAACACACGUUCUUUAAUGAGACGAGACUGCCCGCAAAAUGGCGCGACGAAUGUAAGCAGAUCUACCUGGACUUGAAAGCCAUCGUAUUCACCGCUCAACCAACAAAUCAAUUUCGAAACUUUUUUUCUCUGUUGUUGUUGAGAUUGCAAAAUGGAAGAUCAGAGUAUCAGGAAGAGCUUCUCUCGUGUUUGUUGGUUUGUCUGUGUGAGGAUUCGUAUUGCUUUGUUUUGUGGCAUGAAAUGCAAGCACGGAGAUUAAAGCAGUCAAUGGUUUUGAUGAAGCAUGUGAGGGAACAGUGGCCUAAAGUGAAAAAGAUGCCUCGAAAUGAUCUGAAGGAGACAGUAGAUCAAUUCUUAGCUCUGAUAGCAGAACGCGAACAGGGAGAAGGAACAGAUGAAGCAAGAGAUGCAGCUUUGUAUUUGCAAGGCCAACUGCACUAUCCAUCCAUACUUCCAUCACAGAAUGUUACUCGUGCUGUGAAAGUUAUCUUCAGCCUUACUGUAGCACUUGUUGCUAUAGACAUUGCUAUCCAUCGAGGAGUUAAAUCGAGCUUUACAUGGAUGAUGUUGGAAUCAAGUGGAGGAUUAUUGGUUAUGCACAAAGCUCUGCAGUUAGUGUUGCCUGGAAUCAGUUGGUGUGCCUAUUACAUACCCUUAUAUGCUGCCAUGUUCAUGGAAAGAUGCCGGCUUGUGUGUCUCGGAUUCUUACAAUUCAUAUCACCAUACUGGGCAUGGCUGUCACUACAAGGAUCAAAUUGUGCUAGCUGGAUGUAUGCCACUCUUCCUUCGUAUCUGCUAAUGCUGCGAGAUAUAAUUUUGUCGGCAUCGAUGCAGCUUUUCUACUGGAUUUACAGACUGUGGUCUCGUGUUGUGCAGGCCCUGACAUGAAUGUCGUCUACCGUUUUGAUGCUGUUAGACUUCAUAUCAUUAAGAGUCAGCAGUCACAGUUAGACAUGCUUGUUUUGUAUGUUGAAUGAAAACAGGACUGCAUUUCAAAACUGU